GUAGAGGAGAGGAGAAGAGAGGAGCAGAGAGGAGGAGAGAGGAGGAGAUCUGGGUUGCAUCUUCUCGAAAAGAAAGACGCAUUUUUUUGUUACUACCGAAACCUUAAGGGGGGCUUUUUAAAGCUGGAAAACAUCUCGUAACCAAAUCCAGCUGCGUGCGUGUGUGUGUGCGUGCGUGUGAGCGCGCGUGAGCGAGUGUGUGCGUAUGAGGAAGAGGUAGAGAAAGAGAGAGAGAAGCUGAGAGGGUCUGCUUCCUUUAGUCUAAGCAAAGGAAAGAAAGGAAGAAAAAGGGUUUUUUUACAGUAAGGAAAGAAAGAACCGUCUGCUUUCACCCCCCGCCGACGCAGCAGCUUGCUUUUUUUUUUUUUUUCCUUCAGGAAUGAACGCCGAGACGUGCGUUUCAUACUGUGACAUGACAUCCAUGGAUUCGUAUUAUAGCGCGUCCGCGGCUCAGGCUCGAGAUCAGCAGCAAGUCACCAACCCGUUCAGGACCUUCCCGAUCUCCAGCAGCGACACCAAGUACAGCCCGACUUUCCUCAGCAGCAGCAACAGCAGCAGCAGCAGCAACAGCAGCAGCACUAAAGCUCAGGCGUACGGAGGAGAGAAGUCCCGCAGCCCCUUCCAACAGGAAUGCCAGCCACUGGAUGGCACCGCUGGAGAAGGCACCUUUAACAAAUACCACCUCUUCAUGCACAGAUCUUCCUGCAAGACUCCACCAGAGAGCAACAAACUGCACCAGGAGAGCGCAGCCAACGGAGCACUCAUCUCCUGCUACGGUAAAGACACUACAGGGUUGACCGACUCGGAGCUGCCGGCGAACACCGACCCCACAGGGAUGGAUGGUAGCUACCUCAGCGUGAAGGAUCCAGGAGCCAAGGUUCCUCAAGACAGACCCAGCUCUGAGCUUACCUCUCCUCUGGACAAAGGUGAAGGAGAGAGCAACAAGGGCAAGAAAAGACGCAACCGCACCACCUUCACGAGCUAUCAGCUGGAAGAGCUAGAGAAAGUCUUCCAAAAGACGCACUACCCGGAUGUGUACGCUCGAGAACAGCUGGCACUCAGGACGGACCUCACGGAGGCUCGAGUGCAGGUAUGGUUCCAGAACCGGAGAGCCAAGUGGAGGAAGAGGGAGCGUUUUGGACAGAUGCAGCAGGUCCGAACGCACUUCUCCACCGCCUACGAGCUUCCACUCCUCACUCGGCCGGAGAACUACGCUCAGAUCCAGAAUCCCUCAUGGAUCGGAGGGAGCAGUGCAGCGUCCCCGGUGCCAGGCUGCGUCGUUCCGUGUGACUCUGUGACUUCCUGUAUGACCCCUCACCCCCACGCUGCGAGCGGAGUGUCCGACUUCCUGGGCGUGCCCAGUCCUGGAGGUCACAUGGGACAAAGCCACAUGGGAAGUCUGUUCGGGAGUCCAGGCAUGAGCCCCGGCAUCAACGGAUACGAUCUGAACAUGGACCCUGACCGGAAGUCGUCCAGCAUCGCCGCUCUGCGCAUGAAAGCCAAGGAACACAGUGCAGCCAUCUCCUGGGCCACAUGAUCACCCAGAUGCUCCGGCACGGUCGCUCGUACUGUUCUUUAACAACACAGCGAGAGAAACAAGACGGUGAAGAGGACAAAAACGCGAGCAUGGGUGAAUCCCAGAGCAACCACGAUGCCACGUGUGGCAAAGGACAAAGACGGUGAGGGAGUGGACUGACUCAGAGAACAGAAAACUGAUAUUAUUAUUAUUAUAAUUAUUGUUUAAAAAAAAAACCAUGAUGGAAAGAAAACCUCUUAAGCAAGACAAUCAUUUAAGAUCAAUCUGAUCAUCUGAGUAAUGAGAAUUAACCAAAAUGAGUUGUAGUUCGUCUACCAAUGAAGGAUUUGUAGCUUCUGGGGGGAAAAAAAAACUUCAAAAAUGAAACAAAAAUAAAAGCAACCCCUGCAUUUAUCAGAAGAACCUGUAGGUCCUAGUUGUAAAGAGUAACUGUACAGAAACAGGCCUGAGGGUGUCAAUAUUUUUACUACUUUACAGACAAAUCGUUUCCCAAAUGUCCAAAAAGGAUGACGAUCAAAAACAUUUACGCUUAAUUUAAUGCAUAUUUUUUAAAAAAAUCUCAAACACAACUUUCUUUUCCAUUUUGGCAAAAUUUACACUUACAAAUCGUUGAGAUCAUUCUACAUUGCACUGAAGAGUUUUCUUACGUCUAACAGCGGUGUGUGCGUCAUGCAGCGAGUCCCGCCGAGCGGAAAGCAUUCGUACGCAGUGUGUGAUGGUGAGAGAGUGACCCUGGACGUACUCCCGAAGGAACACCAGACAACUUACAGGAAGGCGGAUUUGAAAAUCGGCUUCACACUUUAUGCCUCUCAACCCAACAAAAAUUGCACAUCGCAGAAGAACAGAGAGAGAGAGCGAGAUCGGUGCUGUUGGAACGCACGAUUUAAUGCACCCUUAUCAUCAGUGGUAGAUUUAGCGACUUGACAGAAGACAGCUGAUGACAAAGUUCUGUCAGUGUGAGAGAUUUUGGAUAAUGCAAAAACUGUUGUUACAAAAUUAAUCUCCAAUCCACCAAUAGGAGGACAGAAAACCUCCGUGAUGGCUACAAAUACAGUUCUAGCGACAUCAUCAACAUAAUGUGCUAAGCUAAUGGACUGAAGAAAAAAAAACCCUCCUUAUUACCUCAAGCUCAGUUUGAAGAACGUAUGUGUUUAAGCGAGUUUAAAUUUCCCGAUGACGUACGCAGCAUCGUACGCAGACAUGCUCUUUAAAACACAGGUCUAUCGUAAGCGGAUCUUCAUCGUACUGUAUAAUCGUAUAAUCUGGCACGGCGAACACACAUCAUUACAGUCUGCUCAAAGAAAUCGAUGAGAUUUUAUUCAGGUCCCUAAAGCGUGACGAGGACUAAUCUUAACGAAGCACUGAAACGUCAUCAUGGAAACUUGAAAAUAAUAAGUUCAAUCUGAAUUAAUCUGAAACAUAUUUUUGAGACGAGUGGAGACAUUACACAAAACUACCGAUUCUGUUUACUGUAAUUCUGUUGAUUUUCAAACAAUUGGAAGUCUGCGCUUUUUCCUAGCCCCGUCCACAAGUCGUAACUCAGCUCAGAUACACCUCAUAGGUGUGGAAAUCGCAGCAAUGUGGAGGACGAUGGGUAAUUUGCUUAGUCGUACAACAUGGUCUUGUGGAAAGAGCUUUUUUUAUUUAAAAAAAAAAAAAGUUUAAGGUGAAUCUUCUUCUGGGGAAGCCGUGGCCUAAUGGUUAGAGAAGCAGCUUUGGGAACAAAAGGUUGCUGGUUUGAUUCCCUGGACCAGCAGGAAUGGCUGAAGUGCCCUUCAGCAAGGUACAGUACUUAACCCCCCCAACUGCUGCUCUGGGUGUGCUGUAUGUCGCUCUGGAUAAGAGCGUUUGCUAAAUGCCUGUAAUGCAAUGCAAUGUAACCUCAAGCAAGGGCUCAAAGGUGUAACCCUCCUGAUGCUUUUCUUACGUCUUAAAAAAAAUCAUAAUGCAUUCCUCUUCUGUGCAGAGUUAGCAAUCUGUCACACAUUAUUAAAAAAAAAGUGCUCAAGCCAUUUUCCCCCAAUUCAUGAGCUCCCAGGUGAGAGGGCUCUAAAAGCAGACCGAAGCUGUACAUUAGCAAGUUGAUGGGUUUGUUGAAAGAUAUUACCCGUUUCUACAUCUCAAUCCAAGUUUAUUUUCUCUCCCGGAGAGGAUCAGGGCAGGAUAUUUAACCUGAAGUGACAACGUGUGCUUCUGAGAGCUCGGUCAGGGUUUUUAUACAGCAAUCGCAAUAAAGUCAAACACCAUCACGGCUUGGAGAGAGACAGGAUUUCUGGAAAGAUCAUGAAUGAAGAGUGUAAUUUGACAGUGGUUUGGGACAUUAGGCAGAAAAAAAAAAAAUCUCACUACACAAACUAUAACCUGCUCUCCGUGCCAGAUUUUUUCAAAUUCAGACUAAAGAAGACAUUUUGCUGAAAGACCUCCGGGGCGUUAUCGGAGUACAUGAUCUUCCAGAGCGAUGCGGGUAAACAUUUAGAUGCAGUCCCUCGGAAAAUGAGAAAUGUUCAGCAGUCCACACACUAAUUUGACACCAUGUCUCAUUCUGGACUUGAGUAUCUUUAUCAUCAGAAAUUUUACUCAACACGAGUUAAAAGCGAUAACUUUUGAGUCAGAAUUCCAUCGUAAUUUGCUCUGGGGUUUUUUCCUCCCUCCCUUUCUUUCUUCCGGAUUCUAGAUAUAGAUCAGUUAAAAACAAAUCUGUUUUAAAUUUGGGAAGAAUCCGAUAUGUGUUUAAACAGGUCAUUUCCAGUUUAUAAAUGAGAACCAUGUUUGGGUCAUCUAACAGGGAGGCUUUUCAGAAUCCCUGGUUUCCAAACGUCGUGGUUUUUAUCGCGUUCGUAAACAGAGAUGAGCGAUCAGCGCCGGUGUUUAACACUUCCACACUCUCGCUUGAGGUCAAAGUAUGAAGUAGAUGAUACUAAAAGAAAAAGAAAGACAAGGAGAGGAAAGGAAGCAUACUCGGUUGAAAUGAGUUUACAUCCUGAUAGGGGCAAUUCCAUGUAAAUGUCAACCUCACCAUGCAAAAAUAAAGCAGCAUGUAAUACAUCAAAACCACUCCCAGAGAUAUCACCUAGGCCUGUAUUUUACAGAUGUGAAUAAGUUGAACCAAUUUGUAACCAACCUAAUAUGUCACUGUCAGUCUUUCUUUCUUAUAAUGUAAAACCCAAUCUAAAAUCAACUUUGAUCAUGUACAAUUCUAUAUUAUUCCCACAAGCCACAGAAAUGUAUGCUAAAAUCCACAAAACAGCAAAACAAUAGCCAUCCUAAAUAUUAUUUAAGAACUUUGAUAGUUUUAGCUGAUAUUUAGAGAGUUUUUCAAAGGGUUAUGGUGGUUAAACUG